AUUUGCUUGUUGGGAAGUUGGCCCCUCUUCAGUUAAUGCUGUUUUUUGUACAGAUAGAGCAGCCUAAAGCCUUGACUCCACCAUACCGUCAUCAAUGCCUUUCGCUUCUUCUUCUUCUCCUCCUCCUCUUUUCCCCGUCACAUUCUUCAUCUCUGAUAGAAACCCAUCUCUUAAAUCCAUUUUCACGGGUUCAAUCGCCACUAUUUUUGGCUCUAUUCUCUUUCCCUCCAAUGGGGUUUUCCCCUUUUCUUGUUCUAUUGAAUUUGCUGUUUCGAGCUUCUCUUUCAGCGUUGUCUUUGUCUGAUGGGUUUGUGAGAUCUUGUGCUGUCCUCCAUUAAUGGUGGGGCUGUGGGAUCUUCUAAUGUAUGAGAUGAACGAACUCCAUCGGAAAGAGCAAUGCAGCAUUUGAAUAUUUCGAUUCUUUUGAAGUUGGAGAUAAUUUUUCAUGUGGUGGUUGGAUGAAGUGUUUAGAAAUUGGUGGAAUUUAAAAACCCUUUUCUUCUUUCGCUUUCUUAAUGGUGAUUAGAAGAAAGCAGAGCAUUCUUGUCUGAAACUUGGAAUGAAGAAUAGGCCAACAAGCUUGUCAACCAAUCUAAAAAUCUAGACACCUCUGAUUUAACUCAUUUGAUUUGGACAUUAGUUCCAACAACUUGAUCUGUAUGCUGUAGAUUCUUUGAACAACCCCCAGAAAUAUAAGCUUCUUGAAGGAUUUCAUAUUCAAAAUCUUUAUCUUCUUCUCCUGGGGUUGUUUCUUUUCUUUUGUUUCUCUGGGGCUGAUUUUUCUUCAUAGAGUGAGAUGAUGAGUCCCUCACAUUCAAAUGGUUCAACUCAUAACUGCAAUGGAUUGGAAGAGAAGCUUGAUGAACUUAGAAGGCUUAUAGGUAAGUCUGAUGGUGAUCCACUGAGGAUUGUUGGUGUGGGAGCUGGAGCUUGGGGGAGUGUUUUUGCAGCUCUGCUUCAGGACAGCUAUGGCCAAUUUCGAGAGAAGGUUCAAAUCAGGAUAUGGAGAAGAGCAGGAAGAGUUGUGGAUAAAGCCACUGCAGAACACCUCUUUGAAGUGAUCAAUUCAAGGGAAGAUGUUCUGAGGAGGCUCAUUAGGCGAUGUGCUUAUCUAAAGUAUGUCGAAGCAAGGCUAGGCGACCGGGUGCUCUAUGCAGAUGAGAUUUUGAAAGAUGGAUUUUGUUUGAACAUGAUUGACACACCACUUUGUCCUUUGAAAGUGGUGACUAACUUGCAGGAGGCUGUUUGGGAUGCUGACAUUGUGGUCAAUGGCCUACCCUCCACUGAAACCAGGGAGAUUUUUGAAGAGAUAAGUAAAUAUUGGAAAGAGAGAAUCACAGUGCCUAUUAUUAUCUCUUUGGCAAAGGGUAUAGAAGCUGCUCUGCAGCCUGUUCCCCACAUAAUAACUCCUACUCUGAUGAUCAAUCGUGCAACUGGAGUGCCUAUAGAGAAUAUCUUGUAUCUUGGUGGACCAAAUAUUGCCUCCGAGAUUUAUAACAAGGAAUAUGCUAAUGCUCGAAUUUGCGGAGCUGAGAAGUGGAGGAAACCGCUUGCAAACUUUUUGAGGCAACCUCAAUUUAUUGUCUGGGAUAAUAGUGACCUUGUGACACAUGAAGUCAUGGGUGGUCUGAAAAACGUCUAUGCUAUUGGAGCAGGAAUGGUGGCAGCCCUUACCAAUGAGAGUGCUACCAGUAAAUCAGUAUAUUUUGCUCAUUGUACCUCAGAGAUGAUAUUCAUUACUUACUUGCUAGCAGAAGAACCCGAGAAGCUAGCUGGCCCUUUGCUCGCUGACACGUAUGUGACCUUGUUGAAAGGUCGUAAUGCCUGGUAUGGGCAAAUGUUGGCCAAGGGUGAACUUAACCUAGAUAUGGGUGAUAGCAUUAGUGGCAAAGGGAUGAUUCAGGGAGUAUCUGCUGUUAGUGCUUUCUAUGAAAUUCUGAGUCAGUCAAGCCUAAAUGUGUUACAUCCUGAAGACAACAAGCCUGUUGCUCCUGUGCAGCUUUGUCCCAUCUUAAAGACGCUAUAUAAAAUACUGAUUAAAAGGGAUGGAUCACCUCAAGCUAUACUUGAAGCAUUGCGAGAUGAGACCUUGAAUGACCCCCGAGACCGCAUCGAGUUAGCACAAAGCCAUGCUUUCUACAGGCCUUCACUUCUUGGUCAACCUUGAGUUGUAGAUUCCAUGGCAAAACUUAAAACUGAGUAAAGACAUCUGACUUCAUGGAAGUUCUUUCAACAUUUGACUUAAAAGAGAAGUGAGCUUUGAACUUUUGAACUGUUUGGUAAUGUAUAGUCUAUAGGUUUCUUUCUUAAUCCUAUAGACAACAGUUAUAUGUCAUAUGGAGAAAGUUGUAACAUCAUAAUGCAGAGUUUUUUUUUCACCCAUUUACUAAA